AUUUCCCAGAUUCCUCUUUAUUUCCUCCUCGCUCCACCAUGCCCCCCGCUAUUGCCGCCGCAGCAUCUGUUUCUGCAACCGCUGUCGUCACCUCUGCUGCUCGGCGCGCUCCGCGCGUUGCCUCCUCCCACUCCUGUGUCUUGUCAUCUCUGACAGGGUCACUGAGGCGCCUUACCACUGCAUCUUCCCCGCGUUUCUCCGCGCAAGUCUCUUCGCGCGCGCUUGUUCCGCGGAGGAGUGUUCUGACCGCGCUGUCUUCCGCCUUUGCGCUCUCAGCAGCGCGUUCCGUUUCCGUUGCUUCCCCCGGCUUCCCCGCGCAGAAGCUUCCCGUUUCGCCCGUUACAGUCACCCCGAGAGGCAUGGCAGGAGAGGGUGACAAUAGCGGUGGCGCUGCGAAAGCCAAGAAGGUGCUUGUACCGAUCGCGACGGGGACGGAGGAGAUGGAAUCUGUGAUUAUAACGGAUGUGCUUCGCCGCGCGGGAGCGGAGGUGGUGGUCGCGUCGGUGGAGCCUCAGAAGGCCGUCGUCGCGUCGCGCGGAGUGAAGCUCGUCGCUGAUGACGUCAUCACUUCGGUCGUGGAUACGGACUUUGACCUCGUCGUUUUGCCCGGAGGCAUGCCAGGCUCAGAGCACCUGAGGGACAGCGCCCCUCUGAAGCAGAUAGUUGAGCGCCACAUGUCGCUCCCCAAUUCGUCCGUGGCUGCCAUCUGUGCCGCCCCCGUCGUGGCCCUUCAGUCCUGGGGCGUUCUGACUGCCACGAACAAAGCCACAGCCCACCCAGCCUUCUCUGAUAAGUUGACUGGCGUUGACCCGGCUAUCACUGCAGCUCGGGUCGUUGAAGACGGUAACCUGGUUACCAGCCGCGGCCCUGGAACGGCGAUCGAGUUUGCGCUUGCACUGGCAACUCGGCUGUUUGGGGAGGCGAAAGCAGCAGAAGUAGCCGCUGGGAUUGUUGCUGCAACAGGGGAUGGGUCGGAUGUGCUGCGUGUAGUGGAGAAUACGGAUAAGAUUCCCAAGCCGAAGAAGGAAGGGGAAGAGGUGACUGUGCUGGUCGCAGUGGCGGAUGGGACAGAGGAUGUGGAGGCUGUUGUUCCCAUUGAUGUGCUCGUGCGUGCAGGAGCCAAGGUUACCGUUGCUUCUGUCACGGAUUCUCUUGACUUGAAGCUGCGUUGCGGGACGAAUCUCACAGCUGACACCACCCUUGCUGAUGUGGCUGCUGCUGGGCGCAAGUUCGACCUCGUCUUCGUUCCUGGGGGUAUUCCGGGGGUAAAUCACCUUCGUGAUAGCAUCUUACUGGAUGGCAUUCUGCGGGAGCAAGUGGCAGAUGGGCGGCUCUGUGCAGCCAUCUGUGCUGCGCCUGUCGUGGUACUCCAGUCCAAGGGGCUGCUUCAAGGGAAGAAGGCGACUGCACACCCAUCUUUAUCUGACCAGCUGCCAGACCAGUCAGUGGUGCCUGCUCGUGUUGUGGUGGACGGGCCAAUAGUGACGAGCCGAGGGGCGGGAACGGCGUUUGAGUUUGCUCUGACCCUGGUGGAGUACCUGUUUGGGAAGGAGAAGGUUGUGGCAGUUGCCAAGCCUAUGGUCAUGAGCCCUGCUCUUGUGCCCAUGCCUAUGCCUAUGUAGUGUGUGUGGGGGGAGUCCUGUGUUAUGUCGUCUUCAUAGAUUAGCGAAGCAACCAGUAUCUCACUUCUAUGGUAGUAUGUGCAUUGUCUCGUGGUGGGUGAACUCCUGCAAAUGUAGGGCACACACUAUCCUGUCCCAUGUGCAUAUU